AUGAAUAUCUUAUAUGAGCCACGAUUGACAUGUGCAGAAGAAAUUAGAUUCUUGAAGUUGAACAGCUUUGAUGUUAUCCAUUUUUGGAAUAAGAAGGUCGAACUUCCAGAAACUGACAAAGCUCUUCUUUAUAAAGGGAUACGGAACUUAGAUAAUGAAUUAAUCAAACUUGUUGAAGCGAAAGAAGAUAAGACGAAAAUUUAUAAAGUGUAUUUAAAAAUCGGACAUAUCAGUUUGUUGGCAAAAGAUUUUCCUAGAGCGUUAUCAUCUUAUCAGAAGGCUUAUAAUCUGAAUAAAGAUGGAUUUUGGAAGGAACCAGCGUCAUAUUUUGGUCUCGGAUUGGUUUAUUUCCAUUUUAAAGCAUUUAAAAUGUAA